GGAGGUUGCGGAACGCCAUCUUUAAACCCCACAAGAGGCCAGCUACAGUUGUGCACCGGGAUGAAAAACACUACCCCUGUAGCGGGAUAUUAGGUCAGAUCGUACAGAGUGUGUAGUUGAUUUCCGAUUAAGUAAAUAAUAAAGAACACCACGAUGGGACUGUAAGGAGACGGUCUCAGAACACCGCGAGAGCCUUAAAAUGUUGUUAUCAUAGGCAGACAACAACAAUAGACGGAAAGACAACAACGGACUAGCUCGCUAACUCGUUCGCUAGCAGCUUGCCAAGCACUGCGCUGUUUUCAGGCGUUGACUAAAGCUAGGAGCUAACUAGCUGCUUCAUUAGCAAAUACAUCCGUUUGUGGUGAAAUUUGACCGGAGGAGACUUAUAGCUGGCACUGCGUAUCCAGCUAAAUCCGCUGGGGCAGACCGCCGUCUCUUUGCCACUUUUUAUAGUCAUUUUCUUUUACUACAGUUUACGCUGUUUCUUUAGCUAGCUGAAAGCUAAGUCCCGACUUCUCCCCCUCCCCAGCGGCCCAGCCGGAGAUGCGUGGAAGAUGUCGGUGUCGGGGCUGAAGGCCGAACUGAAGUUUUUGGAGUCCAUUUUUGAUCCAAACCACGAACGAUUCAGGAUAAUUGACUGGAAACCUGACGAACUGAGUUGCCAGUUUAAUGUAACUGGGGAAAAGCUAUUAAUUAUCCACUGUAAUAUAACGGAAUCUUAUCCAUCUACACCGCCAAUUUGGUUUGUGGACUCUGAUGACCCGAGCUUGGCUCAAGUUUUGGAGAGAUUGGAAGAUGUGAGAAAAGGCAGCACUCUGCUUUUACAGCAGUUGAAGAAACUAAUUUGUGACCUAUGUCGACUGUAUAAUCUUCCCCAACAUCCUGAUGUGGAGAUGCUGGACCAGCCCUUGCCUGCAGGCCCUGUGGGACAAGACAGAAAGCAUGGAACAGAGGAGGUCACAUCUGAAGAAGAAGAUGAGGAGGAAAUGGGAGAAGACAUCGAGGAUUUGGACCACUAUGAAAUGAAAGAGGAGGAGCCCGUAGAUGGGAAGAAAUCUGAGGAUGAUGGGAUUGAGAAGGAGAAUUUGGCAAUCUUGGAGAAGAUCCGAAAGAACCAGCGCCAGGACCAUUUGAAUGGAGCUGUGUCUGGCUCAGUGCAAGCCUCUGACCGUUUGAUGAAGGAACUAAGAGAGAUCUACAGGUCUCAGAGUUAUAAGACAGGCAUCUAUUCAGUUGAACUUGUUAAUGACAGCCUAUACGAAUGGCACGUCAAACUGAGGACGGUGGAUCCAGAUAGCCCUUUACACAGUGACUUACAAGUGCUAAAGGAAAAGGAGGGAAUGGACUACAUUUUACUAAACUUCUCAUAUAAAGAUAAUUUCCCUUUUGAUCCACCGUUUGUCCGGGUAGUUUCUCCUGUGCUUUCUGGAGGUUAUGUUCUUGGCGGAGGUGCCCUGUGCAUGGAACUUCUUACUAAACAGGGUUGGAGCAGUGCCUAUUCCAUUGAGUCUGUUAUCAUGCAGAUCAAUGCCACUUUAGUUAAAGGAAAAGCCAGAGUGCAGUUUGGAGCCAAUAAAAAUCAGUACAAUCUUGCCAGAGCACAGCAGUCCUACAAAUCCCUGGUUCAGAUCCAUGAAAAGAACGGCUGGUACACACCCCCUAAGGAGGAUGGCUAAUACAGACUGUUGCCUUUCCUGAACUGGGACCAUAUGUCUUAGAUUUUUCUUUUCCUUUUCCUUGCGACCAAUAUUGUUUUUAUCCUGCAAACUAUUUUUGUUAUCUACAUGACACUUGGAACUCUAUACCAAAUUUCCCAUUAAUUGACAACCCAAAAACUAGCACACAAACAUAGAGACAUCCCACCUCUACAUGAAAUUUACAUCCAAUUUCAUUAGCUAUUGAAAAAAGUGUCCUCUCCUCAGAUAUUACUUCCCUUUAUACUUCUGUUGUCUGAUGCAAUCAGAUUAUCUUUUUCAUUCAACAUUUGUCCCAUACUCCAUUAAAUCGGUAGAUUCAAUAUUAUGUGCUUUCUCACCCUUUGGUUUUGGCAUUGAGCAUGCCAACGUUACUUGCUGGCUGUGGAUUGAAAGGUGCGGCAUGGCUUUAUCCUCCAGCAGUGGCAGUCUGAUGUUCCAGUUGCCAGACAAGGCCUUUCUGGUCACAAACUGGAUCUGAGAAUGGCUUGUGACAUUCCCUAAUAUGAUGCACUGGUAGCUGGGAAGGACAUUUAAAUGCUAGUGUUUGGAAGGACCCCCACCUUUUCUCUCCUUGGAUGGCCUCUGUAAUAUUGUGCUCAUAUAUUAUCUUUCAUGCCAAGACCCCUCCUCUGGAAUAACAUGAUUCUGGGGAUAGUUUGCUUUCAAACCUCUGUCUUUUAAAGCUUGAAACCUUGAGUUGGGGAAGAAGAUGAUGAGACUUUUCCAGUCUGAGUGGCACAGCCCAUAAUGACGAACAGCAUCCUCCUGGGCUCCGAGUGGGAGAUCUCUGUUAUCAUCCCAAGCAGCCACUGGACCACCUCCUGCAGGAGAGAUGUGGUGCCUGAGUGGCAACAUAGAAAAUCUCAUCAGGCAAAGCAGGGGCAUGUUCGGAUUGGAUUACACUGUAAUGUAGUUGAUUUUAACUCCACAUGUAAACAUGUACAUUUGUAUUUCUGCAAAAGGAUUUAAUUGUUUAUAAUGUAACCUUGUCGGGGUCUUUGGCUGGGCAGAGACUGUAUUACAAUAUACUCUUGACUAUUAACUGCAGGGGCACUGCAACUUCUCAAGACCCAUUUAGAGUAAGAAAGUUGCUUCAUUGACACUCUUGCAGAAGGAAAGAAAAGUUCACCAUGUUCUUAUGUAAGCUUAUGACUACUGCGGUUUUUGUUGUUUUUAUAAAUAUAUAUAUAUAUAUCCUUAUUUUAUUGACAGCAGUGACAGUAAUCAUUCCCCUUAUUUGAUGGCACCUCUAACUACAAUGACCCUAACAAUAUUGGCAUAGAUGCAGCUGUUCCUGGCAUGCCAAAGGUUUGGCUAUUCAUAUCUAAUCACUUAAACCAGACGAACCUCAGUAAGGCUAUGCAGUGAAGACAGUCUUGUGGAGUUUUGUUGAGCUGAAAAUUAGUCUUAAGACCUUAACAGUAUAGUUACCUGCUUAGUUAUUGUAACUGGUCUACAUCCUGACCACUUUUCCAAUUUUGCAGUCUAGGAAAAAAGUGACCUUUUACCUGCUGACUUUUCCUUGACCUCAUGGCUGUUUUAAAGUUCAGUCAGAGCUACAAAUUCACAGCAAUAGUCUUGACCAUAUACCUUUCCAUUUACCUUUCCUUACCAUUCUAGCUUCACACUUGGCAAGAUCAACUCGAGGCUGUUCCAUUUCCAGAAUAUUUGGUCAGGUUUGAUAAAUAUUUGUUCAGAUUUGCCACAGGAAAGACCUAGCUCUUCCCAUUACCACCUCUCUGGUUACUAUUCAUGACCACUCUCAGCGCUGCUGUACCCCUCAGCAUGCUGAGGCUUUGAUGUAAUGUGAAUAAUAUGCAGAAACUGUGGAGCAUUCCAAUUAAUGCAGUUACACGUUUGUUGUGGGUGUUCUGUUGUGUGGUUACUUGCAUUGUUUUCAGUAUGUUGUCCUGAUGACCAGCGUAGAAAGCUUAGUUAUGCUAUUUCAUACAGGCAUUCCUCAUAUUUGAGUUUAUUUAGAAUUUCCUCAGUGAUACUGACCUCAGUCUCAACAGUGUGAGAUGGGUACAAAGCAUAGAGCUUGUUCGUGUUCAGCACGUCUGCCAUGUAUUGAGGCUUGCAGGAUAUGGCGAGAAUCACCCUCUUGUGUUGUUCUCACCACAACAAUCUCAACAUGACUAUGGAUUAUUGGCAUGGUUGUUAACUGUUAUGAUGUGCAUUGGUAUUCACUUCACUCCGGUAAUAUUGUUGAGCCCACCCCUGCAUUAUCUGGAGAAGCAAACUCAGGAAUACAUACUGCACACUCGAUUUUCCAAGCUCUUGCUUCAGAAUAUCGUCAUGAAAAAGGAAAAAAAAAUUGAAUUUGGCAAUCUUUUUUUGGGCUGUUUUAAAACUACGCCCCCUUUUUACCUGUAGGUUUUAUUGUCAAAUUGCAGAUAGGAUUCUGAGGUUAAUAUUUACUUGGCAAGUGUUUGGAAUGAUUUAACAAAAUGGAGAAGAGAUGUUUUUUGAUUAUAAAGCACUUGAUCAGGAGUUAAGGAAACAUCUACCCUGUGUCUUUGAUAUUGCUGUAUUUUGCAUGUCCAUUUAUCAGUGGAUCGUUUCCCCUAAGCAACCAAAGACAAGUGGUUGGCUGUUUGGUUUUUGUUUUUUUGUUUUGUUUUUUUUAAUAGAUGUAUCCAGUUUUUCAACACAUGUGUACUUGUGCUUUCCUACUACAUCAGUGCACAGAAUUGUUUCUCCCUGUGUGCUGUUUAAUGAACCAGGUCAGCUACAGUAUGAGACUCAUGGACUUACAAGACAUCCUACCUGGUUGGAUUACUUUUUCAAAGAUGCCGGGGUUCCCAACAAAAGCCGCAGUUCAGAUUCCUGUGCCAUCAGAUCAAUUAUAAUCCUGCAUCUUUAACUUGACCUUUUUGGGGUAAUGGUGUACUCAAGUCUGUUGUGCUCCAAAUAAGAGCUUUUAUUACACCAACAUAUGUCUGACUAACAAAACCUUGGCUUGACGAGUAACGUAUCGGAGGACUGAACUAGCCUGAAACUGGGUUCCUCACCUUGCUUCAUUAACUGCGGUGGCCGGGUUAUAAAGUUAUGCACUGUCGGCAUGCUUUGUUUUCGUUUAAUUUCUUUUCUUUUUCUUUUUUUUUUCCAUUGCAAGGGUGAUUUUGACCAUGUAAAGUAAUUUGUAAACUUGCAUCAAGUUUAUGAAUAAAGAAUUUUAUGAA